CACAAUAUUGCCCAAAUUAUGGGCAGAUCCUCAUUGUUGCUUAGGAGGGAUCAUUUGCCGUCCUGGAGCACCUCAGUUUCGUAGGGCCAGUGUUGGAUUGUCGCUCAGGCUCGUGGAUUGGAGAUGAAUAAGUCUGGAAUGAACGGUUGAGACUCACAAAUUACAAUAUUAAUAACUAGGCGCCGAGCGUGACCGCUGACCCCGGGAUCCUGCGCCGACGGGCAUGGCUCUUCAGCUCAGCUACAGACUCUUGGGCCGCCAGCUGAGUGCUGGGCAGGCGACGCGCGUCGGCCGGCGCCGUCUCUCGCUCCUCCGCGAGCGCGCGCUCGUCGCCGGACAGUGGACGGUCGCCGCCGACGGCGCCACCUUUGACGUCAUCAACCCGGCCACCGAUGACGUCAUCGCCAGCGUGCCGGACCUGGGCGAGGCUGACGCGGCGCGGGCCGUGGCGGCGGCGGCGGAGGCGCAGAGGAGCUGGGGACAGACCGCGCCCAGGCGGCGCUCGCAGCUGCUGCAGGCCUACUUCCGCCUGCUGGAGGAGCACGGCGAGCAGCUGGCCGCCCUGCUGACGGCAGAGCAGGGCAAGCCGCUGGCCGAGGCGCGCGCCGAGGUGGCCUACGGCGCCGGCUACAUCGAGUGGUUCGCAGGCGAGGCGCGCCGCAUCCACGGUGAGGUGGUGGACGGCGCGGCGCCGCACAAGGAGACGCUGAUGAUCCGACAGCCGGCCGGAGUGGCCGCCCUCAUCACACCGUGGAACUUCCCGAUCGCGAUGCUGCUGCGCAAGCUGGGGGCGGCUCUGGCUUGCGGCUGCGCGGCCGUGGCCAAGCCGGCCGAGGACACGCCGCUGUCGGCUCUGGCUCUGGCCGCGCUGGCGGAGCAGGCCGGCCUGCCGCCGGGCGUGUUAAGCGUGCUGACCGCCUCCAGAGCGCGCACGCCGGAGGUGGGGGCGGCCCUCUGCCGGGACCCGCGCGUCGCCGUACUCUCCUUCACAGGCUCGACGGCCGUGGGCAAGCUGCUGUACGCGCAGUGCGCCUCCACCGUGAAGAAGCUGAGCUUGGAGCUGGGCGGCAACUCGCCCUUCAUCGUGUUCGACUCUGCAGACCUGGAGAAGGCGGUGGCCGGCUGCAUGGCCUCCAAGUUCAGGAACUCCGGCCAGACGUGCAUCAGCACCAACCGCAUCCUGGUGCAGGCGGGCGUGUACGACCGGUUUGUGGCGGCGCUGGGCUCCGUCAUGGCAUCGCAGCUGACCGCCGGCGACGGCGCCGCCGAUGGCGUGAACCUCGGCCCGCUGGUCAACAACGCCCAGCUGGAGAAGGUGUCGGGCUUGGUGUCGGAGUCUGUGCGCCAGGGCGCCCGCCAGGUGUGGCCGCGGCCCGGCUCCGCGGCGCCGGAGGGCCGCUUCUACCCGCCGACGCUGCUGACCGAGGUCACGCCCGACAUGGCCUGCUUCAGGGAGGAGGUGUUCGGCCCGGUGGCGGCCUGCGCCAGGUUUGAGACGGAGGAGGAGGCGUUGGCCAUCGCCAACAGCAGCGACAUGGGCCUGGCCGGCUACAUCUUCACCGAAAACAUCGCACAGGCGUGGCGGGUCAGCCGGGCGCUGGAGUGCGGCAUGGUCGGGGUGAACGAGGGCCUGAUCUCGCAGCCGGAGGCGGCCUUCGGCGGCGUGAAGCUGAGCGGGCUGGGCCGCGAGGGCGGCCACUACUCCGUGGAGGACUACACCGAGGUCAAGUACAUCUGCUUCGGCACGAAGUGAGCCCGGCGCGCGCCGAGGCCGCGGCCCGCGCGCCGAGGCCGCGGCCGGGACGCUGCGGGUCGGCGGUCAGUGUCGUGUUCGGCUCCGGCUUGGUGUGAGAGUACGGGCGGCGAAGGAGUGAGGCGGCUGUCGGGUGUCGCCGGGAGAGCGGACGUGGCUGGCUGUCGGAGCGGAAAGCUGUACGGUGGAUGAUGAAUCCGUUGUAUUUACAGGUUACAAACUUAGUAUUUCAUUUUUCGGCGGGGCGUUCCAUGUCCAGCGGUGAAAACCGACUCGGUCUACUGAUAAAAGAAGUCUUAAGCUGGAGCUAAGUUGGAUUACCCGCGGGCAUUUUUGUGAUAAGUAGCUGCACAGAUUUGGUGCAUUUAUAUUUGGUGGUACGUGCACUCGGGUGGGAUUAGUGGCGCUGUCAGUGCUCAGUGUCGUGGGAAUUUCCUCUCUAGUCUGCACCUCGUAGGCAAGUUGGGGGCGUGUGACAUGCGCCCGUCGCUGGAUGCCCCUGGGCGCGGCGUAAUCGGUAUGACAGCAUCGUGUCGUCAUGAGGGGUCGUUAGAAAACUUUUUGAUUGAAAGGGUUCGUUGUUAGUCCAUAUACCCGAUGGCGAUUAGCACAGUUUGGUCAGGCAGGGAGGACUUCCUGAAGCGGAUCACUCGUGUGGUGUGCCGCCGACCUGUCAAAUGGUGUGCCACCCCCUCCUCGGGUGGGUUUUUUUGUGCCGUAUGCUGCUGGACUCCCCCAGCUAAGUCAGAGACCAUGGUGCCGGCUCAAUGUUGGCUGCAUAAUUUGAAUGCUUUCGAGUUGUGUGUAUUAUUGUUGUGCUCUACGUCAUAAAAUCUAGUGCAAUCUUGUUUGCUUCAUUUCAUGGCAAGCACCGCGGCUGUUCCGGACAUGCGCUGUGCGUUUGGCGGUUCAGUUUUUGUUCGCGUUCUCCCUCGCGCGUGAUGAGUCCAGACCACACUGAAACGAGCAUUGUGUUCCAGAGUGUGUGUUGCCCUGACUGAUGCCGCGUGAUCUGGAUUGGGGUCAUGUGGCGCUCGGCCCCGCUGAUGUACGAUUUGAUGUCACCUCCCUAAUGUCUGCCGACCUACAGACAGCCGUCUUCCAUUUUUGUCUGGAUGGUCAAUCGUCUUCCAACGUAUGCUGUUGUAAAAUGAUGUGUUCAAUGGUGUUCAGAAUAAAUCUUUUGU